AUGUACCACGCGGGUGUACCCUUCUCGGCUCGUUGGCGCCAUCCAUUGUGUACCGACUUCUCGUGGCGGGAACAACGAGCCAAUCACCGUGCAGUACCUGCCACUUCCCGCCACCAACACUCUCGAUUCCGCCCGAUGAAGCGCAAGUGCCGCGCUCCAUCCCCUACGUCCCCGCGCUCUCGUCGCAGUCGUUCCAGCAGCCCUGUCGACGAUGCCUCGUCACCUGCAGCUGUCCGCGACGUUACCACUGGCCGUAGCACAGUCGGCGUGUCCAGAGAACGGGCGCUGUACUUUGCCACUGGCGAACGCCCGUCAAGCGUCGCCCAACCACCUUCGGCCGACAAGGAAGCGUGGCCGGGCUACUUUGCCACCGCUCAGCAGCUCCAUGACAAUCGCCAGGCAGCUCAAGCCGCGCGCAAGCAGCGCCAAGACGUCGAACAGCUGCAGCAGAGCCAAACCUCGCCGUCUUCAAAGGUCGUCGAGUGGCACCCGAAACGCGUGCCUCGUGCGUCUGUUUUGACGGCAAACGACGUGCUGCCGACGCUCGAGUACAUUGACGCCAGUGCACGGCAUCAAGUCGCUCGAGCGGUUGUUGAGCGUCGGAAGCUGCUGCCGGACGUCUUGCCCUUGUUCAUCUUUCCAGGAGUGACGGAGAUUGACAUUCCCGACUGCUCGAACAUUGACGAGGAGACGAUGGUACAGGCGCUCACGCAGUGUGCUGCUGCGACAGGUACAGGAUUGGUGCUGGCUGUGCUGCGCCUUGGACUCUGUGGCCGCUGUGUCUCGGACAGCGUCAUUCGGGAACUCGGACCUGCACUGAACACUGUGGAAGAGCUUCAGAUGCAGGGAUGCUAUCGGCUGUCGGACGCAGGAUGCAAAGGACUUGUGCGACGCUGUGCGCCGUCGCUCGAGUCGCUUGAACUUUCGUGCAAUCAGCGGAUCACGAAGCAGUCGAUCGAUUACUUUUGUGAACUCAAGCAAUUGCACUCGUUGACGCUGUCCGAGUGUCCACAACUGGACGAUGCGAGUUUAGCCUCGCUUAAGAGCAUGAGUCAGUUGAGGAAGUUGAAGCUGAACCAAUUGGAACGCCUGUCGGACGCCUUCUUUGUCUCGUUGGCACAGAGUUUACCGGAUCUAGAGGAAGUCUCGGUAGCACGAUGUUCGCAACUGACCAACACAGCGGUGAGAGGGAUUCUUGACGCUUGUCGUGGGUUGAAAGAGAUGGAUGUGUCCGACUUGCACCAGAUCACCGACGAGUGCUUUGAACCUGUUCGAGAUCAUGGCCACGCGCUUCGCCGCGUUUCCAUGCGCUGCUGCUUGGAGCUAACAGAUGUGGCAUUCCAGCACAUUGCUUUUGGAGCCAAAGCGUAUCUUGAAAGACUCGAAAUGUCGAGUGUGUCGCAAGCCACCGAUGCUGCGAUGAUGGCCUUGUUGGAACAUUGCGCAUCCAGUUUAACAACGCUCGAUAUCUCCUUCUGUCGGAAUAUCAGGGAGGACGCACUGGGCGUUUUGACCGAUGGAGCCGACAAUCUCCGCUCUUUGGUGCUCUGGGGUUGCACACAGAUCACGGCCCGCUUUCUCACAUGUCACACUCGAGACGAGAUGCUCGUCACAGGCCAUCCUCUACUCACAGGCCUCUCUGUUCGAUACUGA